AUGUUCAACUCUGCCUUCACCCUCGUUCCCCUUCUCUUCACUUUAUCUGUGGUCAAUGCGGCCACCAACGACUGGAGCGUUCCAUGCAACAACGGCCGCUGUUCAUACGACAUGCCCGCAAACACCAACGGCGCUGCUGGAAGUGUCACCAUUUGGGGAUCACCGAACGCCAUUGCCGACAUCACCUCAGCAGGAGGCUGGACGAUUCUUGACUGUGACAAGGCACUCACAGAGCAGGAAAUCCGCCUCGUCUGCAAGAACACAGCCGAAUGUGAUCGCCUUGAUCAGAAUGGAGGUGCUGAGGGAAAGAUUGUACGACUCCCUGAAAGCUGUGGUGCCAAUGCAUUCGCUCGCGUUGCGAGAUCCUGGGUCCACGCCGAUCAGAGUAUCCCUGAAGGUGUGGCCUCGAAGGUCGCUCGCCGUCAGAAUGGUGCCGCCCCUCAGGUUCGCGGUCUUGCAAUCGACACCAAGUUCAGCGAAGCACUUCCCACCAAUGGCGAAGUCAUGAUUGCCAUUCAGGGCUCGACAAUCCCCGGGCUCGCAGGCAAUCUGACAGUCACAGCUCCCGGUGCUCUCAGCCGCCGAAGCCGUGUGUAUGCUCGGGGAACUGUAUCCAAUUUCAUUUCCGGCGUAUACGAUUCAUUCCUCCGACUUGCUCCGAAGGAGAUCAAGAAGUCAUCUCCCGUGAAGUUCAAGCAGAGCCUCCCGAUAUUUGAGCAGCAACUGGAGUGCGGGCCAGUUACCGGUAAGAUCAAGGGAUCUGCCGGAGCGGCUGUCGACGCGACAAUUGCUAUCGGGGUGGGUGCCCUCGGGACGUUGACCAAGCCAGCAAAGCUCACAGAUUUGGGCCUCACCAUCGGCAUCGACGGUGAUAUCGAAGGCUCACUUACAAUGUCAACGAAUAUCGCAGGCAAGAUCGACGGAAAGAAGGAGCUUUUCAGUGUCGGCCUACCUGGAUUGAGCUUCCCUGGGCUCUUCGAGAUCGGUCCUUUCUUCAAGAUUGAGGCUACCGCUGAGGCCAAGGUAGAUCUCAACUCUGAGAUUGAUAUUGGCUUCAAAUAUCGCGCGGAUGAUGUCCGACUAUUCUUCCCUCGCUCUGACAGGCAUCCGCCAAAGGGUGCUUUCAACCCAGAAUCCCGACCGCUCUCCAUUUCCUUGAGCCCAAGCCUCUCGUCGACUGCCAGCUUAGAAGCCCAUAUCAUCCCGAAGCUCGCCAUCGGUGUGAAUGGACUUGGGAACAAAGCGGACAUCUUCGUCGAUCUCGAUUCCAAAGCGACGGCCAAAGCAACGAUCAAGGCUAGCGCCAAAGCAGUGAUCAAUGCCAGGGAAGAGCAGGAGGACACACGUAGCCUCGCUGUUAGACAAACGGUGACGAAGACGCCUGCCAACACUGCGGAGACGAGCGUCGAUGGAUGCGUGGACGUUUCUGCAGGCCUGUCUGUGAAUGUUGGUGCAGAGGCGUCUUUCCUGGGGUUGUUCGACAAAGAGAACAAACUCGAGUUCCCCGUGAAGAACUUCUCUCUCUUCCAGUCCCCUGGAUGUGCCAAGGUGAACGCAAGAGAUGUUGCUCGUAUGAGUAUGAAGCGAAAUGCAUUGGUGAAGCGUUUGGAAUGCACGUCAACUACGCUGGCGGGCAAUCUGGUUGCUGUGGCAAAGAACUUCUUAGGCAAACCUGCUGCAGUCACCGGCCGUAUCUAA